AUGACAAUGCGAGUCGCAAUUCUAAGGGAUGCUAGAAGGAACUUGGGUAGCAUUUUAGGGUUCAAUAGGUUGAUUCAUUCUGUUCCUCAAUCUCCUCCUUUAGCUGGGAGCAUUGACCAUGGGAUUCAGUCAGUGCAACCUGUUUUGCCUGAAUUUAGUUCCCCAAGUUUCUCUUUUGGUGGCUCUAUGGAGCUCAUGGCUGUCCCAAAACGUAAGACUUCUCCCCAUAAAAGAGGAAUAAGAAAUGGGCCAAAAGCUCUGAAACCUGUUCCUGUGCUUGUCCUGUGCAAGGGUUGUGGUCGCGUCAGGCUUCCACAUUUCUACUGUUGCAGUGGGAAACCAAACCAGGAAAAUAAUGGUGGACAGAAUGGCAUAAACUGAUUAAUCUGUUUGUGAUGAAGCGCUAGAUGUUAGCUGGCGGGUAGAGCCACCCAUAAUUUAGAUCUUGCUUUUGAUUGUUAGCCAUUUGAUGGGAUAGGUUGUUUGGUAGUAAUGUUCUACUUCCUUAAGCUAUCCGAUUGUUGGUUUGUAAGUUUUUAGCAUUAAAAGAUAAAUGUAUCAGAAUUUUUGGAGAUGGUAUUUUGCUUCCAUUGAAUAGUAGCAGCUUUUAACGCGUUACCAACUUUAUAAAAAAGCUCACAAAUUUGUUCUUUUGAA